AUGUUGCAGCUUUCACGCCUAUUGAAAUGCGCUAGGAUUGCCUCGUCGUCGUCGUCGUCUUCUUCUUCUUCUUUGUUUGCCUCUUUACGUGCCUUUAGUAACGGACGUCGUGUGGGGAAAAAGGCAUUGGCCUCCGCGACAUCCGGGGAGGCUCGAGAGGUCGGAGGGGACGAGGACACGGACGACAGCGCGGACAUGCGUCACGACACGAUGAGCGAAUUGGGUAGGACGCGGCCAAAUAUUGACUUUGCCAGCUUUGAGGCCGAUGUCAAUGACGGUGGGAUGAUGCCGCUGCCGUUGCGAGGCGGGCUGCAGUUGCCGCCCUCGCAGCACCGAAAACGCCAGCCGCGGCGCCUCGGUUUGUCACCGCCAUCGUCGCUCUCGGCGCUCUCGGCGCCGCCAGAGGAGGUCUUGCGGGUCACCAACGCGAGUCACCCCCUUGACGCGGCAAGGAGGGAAAGGCGUGUGAGGGGCGCACGGGAAGAAGAAGAGGAAGAAGAAGAAGGAGGAGAAGGAGACGAUGAUGAGGAGGCGGGCAUGGAGAAUGAACACGAUCCCGUCGACACUCCCGCCGCCUUUCCAAACGGCUACACGAACCACCACCACAAUCACAACAAACACAACAACGAGUACGAUGUCGACAUUGGGAAGGACACACUGAACAACACCAUUAAUUCUCAUAAUAGUAAUAAUAACAAUAACAGUAACAAUAACAAUUACCACACCAACAUUGCGGGGCUAACGAAUCCGUUUCUUGGACUUCAUGAGCAUAUCACGCGCAGUUACCGCCUCGAUCAGUUGUUGGCCGUUGCACGACCGGAGGACAUAUUAAUGGGGAGGCAGGAAGCGAAGUCCGGGGCAUUUUCAUUUAUCCGCUUUGAAUCCGGCCCGCAGUUCUUAGCAAGCAACGCGAAGAGUUCCACAACACCGCGGAGUGAAGAGACUCCACAUAACGACUGCGCUCUCGUUGUGGCAGAGCGACUUAUGGCCUUCCCUCCACACAUGCGGCACUUCCACAGUAUUUGUGGCCGUGAGAAUGUCCCCUGCGACUUUUUUGCCGAUGUUGACUUGCCGAAUGAGACACCCGCAUCGGGGGAGAAAUUACUACUGGAGAUGCUGAACUAUUUGGAGGUGCGGCUGGAGGGCAUUGGGUUUCAUCAACCGUCCUUUCUGGUCCUGGCGAACGAGGUUCCGAGUCCCGACAAGGUGUCGUAUCAUGUACACGCCCGUUCCAUGGGUGCAAUGGACGAGAAGACGACAGCAGACGAUGAGGAGGGAGAUGAUGACGCGAACGAGCACGAGAGUGAGGAUGAGGAGGCGGAUUUGGCGGGGACGAAGGGAUCACCCAGGGGGAAGAAGAGAAAUAAUAAUAAUAAUAAAAAGACGGCAAAGGUCAAGAAGGGACAGAAGCAAAAGAAAAUUAUUGCCUUUCAGGAUUACCGUGUUGUGAGGCUCCUUGCGGAUGAAGUGAACACGACGUUAGGACGCACCGUCGUGGACGAGCAAUGCUACCGCGCGAACGGCAUGCUGCGUUGUGCAUUCAGCAGCAAAAUUGCCCCCUCACCCAACGGCGGUGUCGUGCGUCAAAAAGGCAAGCGACUUGUCCCGAUGCUCAAAGCCCAAGACACGGCACUUCAGCGUCGACUCAAUGAAAUGUCGGCGUACCUGAAUACGCUUAGUGAGGCGGAGGUACUGGAGCGCACCUUUGGCACCCGCUUUGCGCCCAUCACAGGGAGUCAGAAGGCAGACACUGUGAAGGACUCCACACGGCAAUUUAAAUUACUCCGUGCGAGAAAUGUGUUGGGCCCAAAAGAGGCGCAGGCGGUGGAAUUUGAUGCGUAUGGCAACGCCGUCUCGCUGUACCUCACGGAGGGGGCCAAAUGGCGUCGUUUCAAGAUGGUGAUUGAAAAGCUGCGGCGUAUGCCGCCACGCUCGGCGGAGAGUUAUGACAUUUGGGUCCGUGUAGGCCUCGCACUGCACAACUUCAGCAACGAGGACCACGUCUUUGAGGAAUGGGUGCGGUUCUCGCUCAAGUGCCCGCAGAAAUACUCACGCGAGUCAUGCCGGAAAAAGUGGCAACAGUUUGAGCGCAACCCUGACGCACUGAACUGGCGCCGUGGGUUCAAUUACUUAAACACCACCGUAUGGCGGUCUGUGUAUAGGGAAUGA